AUGGAUAACCCCAUAAUUUCCACCAAGGAGGGUAUGGUCAGCCGGACCCUCCAACCGCUACCGGAAGAACACCGCAAGGGGCUGCUGGCCGUCGUGGCCGUGUCGGUCGCGUCCCUCAUCGGCGUCUCGCUGCUGUUUCUCCACCUCACCGUCAAGCUUGUACGCUGGCACGUCAAGUCGUGGCGGCGGCGGCGGCAGCAGCAGCAGCAGCAGCAGAGGCGGGCCAGUCCCGACGCGGACCGCAGACCGCCGACGGUGGACUUGAGCCUCGGUCUAGCGCCCGAGCACUUCCACUCCCGGCGUCAAGACGACACUGGCUCGCGGAGAUCGUGGCGGCGGCAACCCGCGCCCCCCACCACGACGCCGCACGCCCGCGAGCCGAACCAGUUCGUCGUGCUGCUGUACAACCUGCUCCUGGCGGACCUCCACCAGAGCGUCGCUUUUGUGAUGAGCACGGUGUGGCUGCGCGAGAACGCCAUCCUAGUCGGCUCACAGACGUGCUGGGCGCAGGGUUUCUUGAUCUCGAACGGGGACCUCGCCGUCAGCCUGUUCAUCACGGCGAUAGCGGUGCACACGUACCUCGUGAUUGUUCACGGCUGGAGGCCAACCCAGAAGGCUCUCAUCCUCAGCUGCGUGUGUUUGUGGAUGUUUACUUACCUGAUGGCCGCAAUAGGUAUCUUGGGGACAGUGAAUGGGUCUGCGGUUGGUGGUUUCUAUGUGCGGGCUGCGGCGUGGUGCUGGGUUAACACUCGCCUCCAAACUGUGCGUCUGCUGACGCACUACAUCUACAUCUUCAUGUCGCUCGCCAUCACCAGCGGCUUCUACAUCGCAAUCGUCAUACAUCUAUACUCACGAAAACGCCUACAACGAGGCAUCGGUAACAAUAACAACAACAACAGCGUUGAAAGCCUACCCGCGCAGAAACAGGCCGCGGCGGCUGAAGUAUCAUCAUCAUCAUCAUCAUCAUCAACAUCAUACUCUACCUCCUCACCAUUACCAGCCAACAACACCUCAUACAACUCAACCUUCCUCAUCUACCCACUAAUUUACGUCCUAUGCACGUCGCCGCUGGCCAUCGGCCGGGCGUGGACCAUGUCGGGCCGCAAGGGGUCGAUCCCCUACUUUUGCGCGGCGGGGGCGCUCAUAUCAGCCAAUGGGCUUCUCGACGUCCUGAUCUGGAGCUGCACGCGCCGCGACGUCGUCUUUGGCGACGUGGACGAGACGGCCGAUGCGCUGGGGCUCGAUUCGUUCUCGUUUGUGCGCACGCCGCGCGACCGCAAAUACGGCAACAUCAUAGUCGUCGAGGGUGCCCUGCGCCGCCAGCAGCUUCAGCAGCAGGAGCAGACGGUGCUGGCGGGCGAUGCGCCGCCCGAGGUCGGGAGGAACAAGACGGCGGGCGCGGGCGAGGAGCCGACCAAGGGGUCGUCGAGGAAGGGUCGGUAUGGGUCGCGCAGGGGGAGGAAGGCGUGGCUGCACGACGGCGGCAACAGCCAGGAGUGUCUGCACGGUGGGAUAAAGAUGGAGACGGUGACUACGGUGGUGGUCGAGGAGGACCUGGAGGCGAGAGCGAGGCUUUUUGUGAAGCCCGAGGAUUAUAUUGCAGUAGCGGGUUCAGCACCGUCGCUGGAUACGCAGGCUGGGUCCCAAGACGAGUCCGAGACGGAUUUAUGGGCUGGUCCGGGGGGAAUUGGGACGGUCCAAGGAUUCAAGCAGUCGGAGUGA